GAGCCAAAGAGCAAAACUUUCGAUCAAAUUGUGUGAACUUGGGGUUGGAAACACUGAGUGAGAAUGGCUGAGUUUGGAUUUGCCAAGGCGUGCAUUCCGCAGUACAAUGGAGACUACGAUCAUUGGAGUCUUCUAAUGGAGAAUCUGAUGCAGUCCAAGGAGUAUUGGAUCAUUGUCGAGAAUGGAUUCAAGGAGCCUGACGCUGGAGAGAAGUUAACUGCAGAGCAGGAGAAGACUCUGACAGAGCUGAGGCUGAAAGAUUUCAAGGCGAUGAACUACUUGCUGAGUAGUAUCGACAAGACCAUUUUAAAGACCAUUUCCCAGAAGGCAAGUGCUAAGGAAUUGUGGGACUCCAUGAAGCUCAAAUUCCAGGGAAGUGCGAGGGUCAAACGUGCUCAACUGCAAGCACUAAGGAGGGAAUUUGAGGUCUUGGAGAUGAAGGAAGGGGAGUCGGUGAAUGAUUAUUUUGGAAGAGUCAUAGUUGUUUCAAAUGCCAUGCGUAACUGUGGUGAAGAGAUCAAUGAUGUAAAGAUAGUAGAGAAGAUCCUCAGAACUCUUACUGAAAGAUUCAAUUAUGUCGUCUGCUCCAUUGAAGAGUCGAAAGACAUAGACAUGCUGUCUGUAGACCAACUGCAGAGCUCCCUGUUGGUCCAUGAACAGAAGUUCACUAGGAGGGUUGUUACUGAAAAUUAGGCGCUCAAAGUUGGCUUUGAUGCUGGAAGAGGAAGAGGGAGAGGACGAAAUUACUCUUCAAGAAGAGGACGAGGCAGGGGCAAAAAUUUGAAUAAAGAGAUGGUUGAUGCUAUAAUUGUCACAAACUUGGUCACUACAAAAAUGAGUGCCCAGAUUGGGCAGCACAAACUCAUUAUGUUGACAAUCAUGUCUCUGGACAUGAUGAGAUGCUUCUCAUGGCAGCAAAUGAUGCAGAGGAAGAAGUUCUCAGUGCUGUGGGAGCCAAUCAAACUGCUGAAGUAAAGAAUGAAGCCGGAUGGUUCCUUGAUAGUGGCUGCAGCAAUCAUAUGAGUGGCGAUAAAUGAUGGUUUAGUAGCAUGGAUAUCUCCUUCAAGAGCAGUGUCAAACUUGGGAAUGGAAUGAAGUUGCUGGUUCAGGGAAA